AUGGGUCGUCCAAAGCGUAAAUCGGAAACUACCUCGGUGACGCCGGAAUCGAAUUUAUUGUUACGCUCACGUGCUUCGCGUGACAUGACGCUUCUAAAAAUUCGCAUGUUAGAUACAUUGGCAAAAGAGGCGCGAACAGAUGUCGAAAAGCAACCAUCGUUUAUGGCGCGUUAUUUAUCACUGGAUAAAUACGCCGAUCAGUUCGAAGCGCAGCAGCAAGAAGUGUUGAACAUUAUGUUGGAUUUGGGUCAACAGGACGAAUUUAAUGACAUAGAUUUGUUAAUAACAAUGGAGGUGGAGGAAUUAUGUGGGCAUAUUCGAAUGAUCGCUGAAUUAGUACGGUUAGCAGCGAGUACUACUGAUCGAAUGCCGCUUCAAAACGGUAGUGGUUUUGCCGGAACCACUAUGUCAUUGCCUAAAAUCGAGUUACCUAAAUUUGACGGUGACGUAAUUCAAUGGUGUUAUUUUCGCGACAUGUUCCGAUCGUUAGUACAUGAAAAUAAAUCAAUAUCAAAUAUCGAGCGGUAUCAUUAUUUGAUAUCUUGUUUGUCUGGUCCGGCGUUAACUGUAGUAAAAUCGGUUCCGUUGACUUCGGAUAACUACGACAUAGCUUGGAAGGCAUUACACGAUUGUUACGAAAAUCCGCGUUUGUUGGCAACCGCGCAUUUAGAUAAAUUAUUUUCGUUCAGUCCGCUUAAGACGGAAUCGGCUAUGUCUUUAUCUGCGUUUUUAAAUACAUUCCGUGAAAAUGUCGCAGCAAUAACGGCGCUCGGUAUACAAGAUAUUUCAGGGUUUUUGUUAUUUUAUAUGGGAGCACGAGUGUUGGAUGCUGAAACUAGACGGUUAUAUGAAGCCAGUAUAUCACAGACAGCCAUACCGAAUUUGGACGGUUUAUUAAAUUUUGUAUCUGAGCGAUGUAAGAUAUUAGAUAAUAUUAACAUUUGCACUGAUAAACCAGAAAGGUUGGAUAAGAUUUCAAAAAAGGUUAAAAAUGUGAAGUCUGGUAAGUCCUCAUUCGCAACGUUAGCUUCGCCGAAGUCGUUGAAAUGUUUAUGUUGUCAGCACGAUCAUAUGCUUUAUCGUUGCUUUGUUUUUAAAAGAAAACCAGUAUUAGAUCGCAGAAAGUUUGUCACCGAUAAGUCUUUGUGUUUUAUUUGUCUGGCUUCCGGACACACGGCGAAUAAAUGUACAACCACAUACACGUGUAAGAAAUGUGAAGGUCGACACAAUACCAUGCUACACUUACCCUCGGAGUCGGCUGAUGCUAGUGAAAAAUCGGGUAAUGCUAUCGUCAACACCGAAAAAACCAGCCAAAAAUCGACAGGCAGUUCGGCAAGCUUUUCUGGCAACCUAUCUGCUGACACUACUGUGGUGUUGGGUACCGCUGUUAUUCGCGUGCAAGAUGACGCUGGACUGUUACAUCCUAUUCGAGUUUUACUGGACAACGGAUCGCAAGUGUCGGCGAUGACAUUAAGUUGUGCAACUAAAUUAGGACUGAAACGCCACAAGAACCGCAAUGAUGUUUAUGCGCUUUCGCAACAACUAAUCACUCGAUUAAAGGGCGUCACUCAAUGCGAUUUCAUCCCGUCGUUGUCGGAGUAUCCACGAUUCAAUGUUACCAACGUGGUCGUCAUUUCGCAGAUUACUAGUUUAAUGCCUAGUCAACCAUUACCUAAUGCUGUGAGACGUCGUUAUGGACAUCUAAAGCUGGCGGAUCCAAAUUUUGAUUGUCCCGGUCCUAUUGACAUGUUAAUUGGUUGUGAUGUAUAUCCGACGCUAUUAUUCUCGAAGGCUGAAAUCAUCAAUAGUCCUGGACUUCCGUCGGCAAUGCAUACACAUCUCGGUUGGGUUAUUAAUGGUCCUUUACAAGAUGUCACACCAUCGUCUUCAACAUUAUUAACAAUUACUUCAACGCCACCUGUGGAAGGAUUGCUGCAACAAUUUUGGAGGAUUGAAGAGCCGACAGUUCAAGUACAGUCGACAACAGAAGAUGAACGAUGCGAAGAGUGGUUUUGUAAAACAGUGUCACGGGACACAUCAGGCAGGUUUUGUGUUGCUCUCCCUUUUCGAUCUAUAAUCGACGCUCAAUGUAAUUCAAAGCAACAGUUGAUUACGCCAGCUGGUCUUGGUUCCUCGCGUACUAUGGCAUUAAACCGGCUGUUUAACAUUGAACGUCGUUUAGCAAAGGAUCCUGAAUUAUAUUCCGCGUAUCGUUGUUUCAUGAAUGAAUAUCUUUCAUUAGGUCACAUGCGCGCCGCUGAAAGACCAGGGAAAUAUUUUAUCCCGCAUCACGCUGUAGUAAAACGGGAAGACGGCAAGAUGAAAAUUCGGGUAGUCUUUGAUGCGUCGGCCAAGUCGUCAUCUGGGUUUUCAUUGAAUGACUGCUUGGCAACCGGCCCAAAAUUACAGAGUAAUAUUACAGAUAUCCUACUUCGAAGCCGUUUUUAUAAAUAUUUAUUUAUUGCCGACAUUGAGAAGAUGUACAGGCAGAUCCGAGUCAAUGAUGCAGAUUGUGCGUAUCAGCAUAUACUUUGGAGGAAUUCGCCCAUCGAGGAAGUCAAAGAAUACGAAUUAUGUACAAUUACGUAUGGUGUCAAUGCAGCCCCAUAUUUGGCAAUCAGAUGUUUACACCAAUUAGACUCAGAUUGCGGAACUGAAUUCCCUCUGGCAAAAGGUCUGUUAGUUACAUCUACCUAUGUUGACGAUAUUGUGGCAGGCGCUGAUACAAAAGGGGAAGUGCUAGAGCUUCAACGUCAAGUAAUAUCCUUAUUACGUAAAGGAGGGUUCAAUUUAAGAAAAUGGGCCAGCAAUUGUGAAGAAAUAUUAAAAGGUAUAGCUGCUGAAGAUCGCGCAAUGGACCCAUCUUUUGAACUUAAAGAUGACCAAUCCGUAAAAGUGUUGGGUCUGCAUUGGAGUACUACUUCGGAUGCCUUAGGCUAUCAUAUUAAUAUCAACCAGGUCAACCCAACUAAGCGCUCCAUACUUUCCGAAAUUGCCCGUCUAUAUGAUCCAGUUGGCACGUUGGGACCCGUGAUUUUUUGGGCCAAGUGCGUUAUGCAAGAGUUAUGGAUAGAAAAAUUAGACUGGGACACGUCGCCUUCGCCUGAUAUCAUCAAUAAAUGGAAAAAUUUUACAACGGAGUUACCUGCGUUGUCUUCAUUAUCGCUUUCUCAAUUUAUUGAUGUAUGCUCAUCAAAAGCCAUCCAGUUAUUAGGUUUUGCGGAUGCGUCAAAAAAGGGAUAUGCGGCUGUGGUAUACUUGAGAGUCGUCGACGUGCAAGAUGAGGUCACGGUGCAUUUCCUUACAUGCAAAACAAAAGUCGCACCUCUAAAAGCAUCACAAACGGAUGAAUCACUUACAAUACCCCGACUGGAGUUGUGUGCUGCGUUAUUACUUGCGCAAUUACUAUCUCAUCAACUUUUCGUGCUUCGUGAUAUUGUAACGGUAGAUUGUGUUCGAGCUUGGAGCGAUUCUACCAUUGUAUUGGCGUGGCUUAACGGGGAUCAAAAACAGUUCAAAAUAUUCGUUACAAAUCGAGUUUCAAAAAUUCACUCACUUCUGCCACAUUGUGAAUGGUCUCAUGUACGAUCAUCAGAAAACCCAGCAGAUCCUGCAUCUCGAGGUAUGUUACCCGAGGAACUUCUUACCAAUCGGUUACAUUUAAAUGGUCCAGAGUUUCUGCAAGAUCCCAACGAUCAGUGGCCAAGUUUGAUACCGAACGAGUUUCCAAUUGAACAGCUUCCAGAUGUUAAAACCUCAGUUAAAAAUGUUUUUCAUGUUCAGGACAAUAUUCAACCUACGGAGGUGAUCAGCCGUUUUUCCACGCUAACAAAGAUGCAACGUGUGUUAGCGUAUUGUUUUCGCUUUGCCCGUCGUCGACAUAUUCCGAAGAGCAGCGGACCAAUUACUCGGAUGGAGUACGACCGUGCAUUGAGCGCUGCUAUUUUAUGUACGCAACUGACUCAUCUAUCGGGUCUACACAAACAGAUAAAAAAUCAAGAUUCCAUCACUCCUACAACGACAGCCCAGCUAGCUCCUUUUAUCGAUGAGAAGGGAAUCAUUCGGGUCGGCGGAAGAUUGAAACGUGCAUUAUUGGAUGAAGAUGCUAAACACCCAAUCCUUCUGCCUCAAAAGACUCAUCUGACGGAGCUUAUCAUUCGACACUAUCAUCACAUUUCGCUACAUGGUGGAUCAAGAUUAGUACUUGCGAUGAUACAUCAAAAAUUUUGGAUUAUUUCUGGUCGAACAGCCGUUCGUAACUUCACCUAUUCAUGUAUCCCUUGCACUAAAUUUAGGAGUAUGAACCCAAAACCUUUUAUGGGGGAUUUGCCAGCUGUUAGACUAACUGCAAACCGACCAUUUUUCGAUGUUGGGAUGGAUUACGGCGGGCCUUUCAUGGUUCGUGAGAGUCGACGUCGCGGUGCGCGUAGCAAUAAGAUAUAUUUAGCAGUAUUCGUAUGCAUGUCAGUAAAGGCUGUGCAUUUGGAGACUGUGUCUGACAUAUCCUCGGACGCAUUCCUCGCCGCAUUGGACAGAUUUGUUGCUCGGCGUGGGAUUCCCAACAGCAUGUAUACAGAUUGCGGCACAAAUUAUGUGGGUGCAGCAAAACAAUUAAAGCAAUUAUUUGACAAGGCUUCCAAUCAGCAUGUUUUAUAUGGUCGUAUACCUUGUAAGUGGCACUUUAAUCCCCCGGGGGCCCCACAUUUCGGCGGUAUAUGGGAAGCUGCCGUAAAGAGCGCAAAAACCCAUUUGAAAAAGGUGAUCGGUGCUCAGAUAUACACUAAUGAAGAAUUUACAACUCUCAUAACGCGGAUCGAAGGCGUGCUGAACUCUCGGCCGAUGUUACCGCUGUCAAGUGAUCCAAACGACCUAGAGGUGUUGACCCCCGGUCAUUUUCUAAUUGGACAACCACUACUAUCACUGCCAGAAGAAAAUGUAGUAGAUACUCCAACUAACCGUCUAAAUCGUUGGCAAUUACUCCGCCAAGCUCAUCAGUCUUUCUGGCGUCGUUGGAGCAACGAAUACUUACACACCCUCCAAGGAAGACAAAAAUGGUACAAGCAGACACCAAACUUAGCCGUUGGAGAUCUUGUGGUCAUCAACACACCAUCACGACCACCCAUGUCCUGGCAAAUCGGUCGAAUCACCCAGGUGCAUCCAGGUGCAGAUGACAUUGUACGUGUAGCGACUGUCAAAACACAGGAGGGAACUCUGACCCGUCCUGUGGUCAAGUUGGUGAAACUACCGGUUGAUCCAAAACCCUAA